AUGGUAUCAGAGCUAGAGAAAGAGGAGCAUGCAACCUCAAAAACCACCAUUGAACCUAAUAGUCCUUUGUAUAUGCAUCCAUCUGAGGGACCCAACUCCUUGAAAGUUGAUCCUCAGUUAACUGGAACCACAGAUUAUAGACCCUGGAAGAGGUCUUUGGGGAUUUCUCUGGCUACAAAGAGAAAACUUGGGUUUGUUACUGGAGCCUUGACUAAGUCAAGUGAAGAUUCUGUGAAGAUGGAAGCUUGGGAAGCCUAUAAUAGCAUGGUAACUGCUUGGCUUCUCAACAACAUGAAUGAGACCCUGAGAAGGUCUGUCAUGUACAUAAAAUCAGCUAGAGAAAUCUGGUUUAAUCUGAAAACCAAGUUCACAGUGAGCAAUGGUAGUAGAAAAUACAGACUGAACAAGGAAACCUAUGAAGUUAAGAUGAAUGAAAGGCCAGUUUCUGAGUACUACACUGAUUUGAGAGUUCUGUGGGAAGAACUUGAAUCCUUGACUGACUAUCCAGCUAUAACUAAUGUUAAUGCUGAAAUAACAGCCUUCAUUGAACCUGUUAAUCAACAAAAAUAA